GCCAGUGCAGCUUUCAAGAACAAACCUCAUUUAUUCGAAUGGAAAAAAAGCAAAAGGUUAUUAAAAAAGAAAUGGAAAUCCAAAAUGUUAAAGAAGAAAUGGAAAUAUACGAUGAUUUUCUGUCGAAUAUCGAUGUAAAACAAGAACUAAUUGAUGAAGUAUCUACGCUAAAAAUUGAAAAUAUAAAUGAACAAAAAUAUGAUAUUUAUUCAAUCAAACAAGAAGUAAAUAAUGAUUUGAAUACAGCUAAAAUAUUUGAUAAUAGUGUAGAUGAGGCUAGUAAAACAGAAAGGAACAUACUCAGUAUUCAUAUCAUAAGAAACAAACUGGGAUAUUUAAAAGUUCACCAUGGAAAGCGAACUAAAUUAAAAGGACAAAUGAAAAAUAGAAAAUAUAUUCAACCAAAUUUUAGGGGGUUAAUGAUAUGUGUGUAUUGUGGGAAACUAUACACAAAACAAGUUGAAUUAUUAUGGCACUCAGCAAUGACUCAUUGUAUGAAACAAAACAAAUUAUACCCACAGUUUAACAUUCACCAUAAAAGUGAUACUUGUGUUAUGGGAAAUCUUAAUAUAAAAGAUGAAAUUGAAGUAGUUGAACAUAAAAUGAAAGUGGAAUUGCAGGAAACCACAAAUCAAUUGGAUAUUAUUGAUCAUUUAAACAAACAUGUACAUGGGGGUUCAAAUUCAUCUGUAGAAGGAACAAAUUCAAAUAUGCCAUCGAAUGCAUACACUGUAGGUAAUUUCAAUAUACAUAUGCAUAGUCACACAGGAGAAAAGCCAUACAAAUGUAAUAUUUGUUUAAAAACUUUUUCACAGACAAGUGAUUUGAAAAAACAUUUGCGUAUCCAUACUGGAGAAAAGCCAUUCAAAUGUGACAUUUGUUUAAAAACUUUUUUACAGACAAAUGAUUUAAAAAGACAUUUGCGUAUCCAUACGAGAGAAAAGCCAUUCAAGUGUGACAUUUGUUUGAAAACUUUUUCAAACAGGAGUAAUUUGAAGAGACAUGUGUGUAGUCACUCAGGAGACAAGCCAUUCAAAUGUGAUAUUUGUUUAAAAACUUUUUUACAGACAAGUGAUUUAAAUAAACAUUUGCGUAUCCAUACGGGAGAAAAGCCAUUUAAAUGUGACAUUUGUUUGAAAACUUUUUUACAGACAAGUGAUUUGAAGAAACAUCUGCGGAUUCAUACUGGAGAAAAGCCAUUCAAAUGUGACAUUUGUUUAAAAACUUUUUUACAGACAAAUGAUUUAAAAAGACAUUUACGUAUCCAUACAGGGGAAAAGCCAUUCAAAUGUGACAUUUGUUUAAAAACUUUUUCAAACAGGAGUAAUUUGAAGAGACAUAUGUGUAGUCACUCAGGAGACAAACCAUUCAAAUGUGAUAUUUGUUUAAAAACUUUUUUACAGACAACUUAUUUGAAGAAACAUUUGCGUAUCCAUACAGGUCAAAAGCCAUUCAAAUGUGAAAUUUGUUCAAAAACUUUUUUACAGACAAGUGAUUUGAAAAAACAUUUGCGUAUCCAUACAGGAGAAAAGCCAUUUAAAUGUGACAUUUGUUUGAAAAGUUUUUUACAGACAAGUGAUUUGAAAAAACAUUUGCGGACCCAUACCGGAGAAAAACCAUAUAAAUGUGACAUUUGUUUUAAAACUUAUUCACAUGGAUGUAAUUUGAAGAGACAUAUGCGUAGUCACACAGGAGAAAAGCCAUUCAAAUGUGACAUUUGUUUAAAAACUUAUUCACAUGGGUAUAAUUUGAAGAGGCAUAUGAUUCGUCAUACAGGAGAAAAAACAUUCAAAUGUGAUAUUUGUUCGGAAUCUUUUUUAUUUAAAAGUAGUUUAAAUUCACAUUUGCACUCAUUACAUAAGAAAAAUGUAGAUUGAAUAAAUAUAUAUUUGAACCAACUGUUUCCUUUGAUGAGUUUAUAUAUUUUGUAUUGUAUUGAAAAUGAUUUUGAAACUUGAAAAUGUUUUAUAUAAAAAAUAAUAAAUAAAAA